AUGCAGACGAACUGCGCCAGCGGUGGAUGGGCAUCGAACCGGUUCUUCGAGCCCAGAUCGAGGCCCGCGAUGGCGUGGCGGCCGCCCCGCUCACCGACGUGGACAUCCUGCGGCGGAAUGUUUCUGAACAUUCGGCAGUCGCGCCACGGGCGGCGGCCAGCGGCAGGGAGCUCAGGCGCUUCCAGAAGUCCGCGAGGCUGGCGCCGCCGCGGGCGCAGCGGCAGGAGGCGCGCGGCGUGCAGCUCCGCAGGGAAAGCCCAGCUUUCAUUCCAGGUGCGGGAAGCUGGGAGCCGUUGCACGGCAUGGGCGAGGCGGCGGCUGCGCUGCACAUGCGGCGCGGUGGUCUACAGCCAGUGGGAGCCCUUCGAUACGAAGACGCUCGGCAAGGACGGCCAGCACGCGCAGCUUCUCGGCAGCGAGCAGAGCAUCGGCAGUUGCGAGUUGCAGGAGACGCUCGACGGCCUCACGGAGGACCAGGGCAGCCAAGGGGACGGCGGUGCCGAUCCCGAGAUUGGGCAGCAGUGCAUCGCGCGCGAUGACGAGGAGCUGCUGCAGGAGGACUGCCUGGCAGAGAAGCUGGACUGGACGGCCUCGGCCCACAGGCUUCUGCUGGUUUCUGCAGAGGCCACGGGCCAGCAGCCGUUCGCACGGCGGCGUGCGCGCCUGGAUCGAGAGCGCCGCGACCGUGACGUCGCCCAGCUCUGCGCCUCGUUCAUGGAGGUGAUCGGGCGGUGA